AUGUCCAUCAUCCAGCAACACACGCAAGCAACCCUCAGCGAUGCCUGGCGCACCAUCAACAUCGACGCCCUAACCGAGGACUCGUCGGUCAACUUCGAUGUCUCUACCCUGCACCCUCCCCUACCCGAAAUCAGCGAAGCCGACGCGCGCGCCAUCAACGGACAGGUGCGCCAGCUGCUCAGGGGCGGCGACGCCGAGGGCGCGCUGCGCGGAUGCUUGGAGAUGCCCGUGUACAACGGGUCCGAGGCGGCCAAGGAGACGCACCUGCAUACCGUCAUUGAAGUCCUACAAAGCAUCAAGGCGAGCGAGAUGACGCCCAUGUUGCAGAGGAUCUUUGCGCAGCAGGGGGGGAGCGAGUGUUUGGAUGUGUUGAUGAAGUACUUGUACAAAGGCAUGGCUGCCACCUCAUCCUCCUCCUCCUCCGCCGCCGACGGUUCCGGCAGGGCGACGCCCGCUCGCGCCAUGACGCCCCAGGCUACCGGCGGGUUCAGCCAAGUCGGCCAGCGCCCUAUGGCCUCGAACGAGUCGACUGGUUCCGCCAUGAGCGUUCUCCUGAGCUGGCAUGAGAAGGUUGUAGAGGUUGCUGGGUUGGGUUGCAUAGGCCGCGUCAUGACUGACUUCAGGAGGGUAUAA